AUGUUUUCAAAUAGAAUUAAUCGACUAGGACCUUUAGUCCUUCGAAGCUCCAGUUACAGGCACCCUGGGGUUAGAAACUUUUCUAUAGAUCAUAAUGCAAUAGUUAACACAAUGACUUCAACAUUCCAAACUGUGCAUGAAUUCAGUGGUUUGCCUUGGUGGAUACUAAUACCAUUGACUACUUUUACUUUGAGAUCAGUUUGGACUCUACCCUUGGCGAUAUUGCAAAGAAAGCGAAUCCAAAAACAAAGUGAACUACGUCCCUUAGUUAGUGCCAUGAAUCCCAUUUUAAAAUUAAACUUGGCAAGACGAGUGCAACUGGCGAAAAAGAAACUUGAAAACAGUCCUAAUAACAAAGAAGAUGUUACUUCAAUUCUGGCCAGUUCGACAUUGAGCAAUAUGAAGUAUGAGCAAAUUUUAUUAUUGAGUGCAAAGGAAUCUCGAAAUCGACAAAAGGAACUAUUUGCUAAAAAUGGCGUACAACUUUGGAAGAAUUUUAUUCUACCUACAUUUCAAGUCCCGUUAUGGAUCAUGAUGUCAAUAACUAUGAGAGAUUUGAGUGGCUGGUCAUCUUGGGAUAAUACUCACAAUAAAGCAUUAGAUCCGAGUUUGUAUGAAGAAGGUAUACUUUGGUUCCAAGAUUUAUCAAUUGCAGAUCCUAUGCACAUUUUCCCCGUCAUUUUAGGUAUUACUGCAUUAUGCAAUAUAGAAUGGACAUUAAAAACUUUAGAACUACUGAGGUUGACCAAGAAAUUGAAAUUUCGUCCAACAUUGACUGAUGCGUUUGGAAAUUUAACUAAAAUGUCCAUUGUGUUUAUGAUGGCAAUUUCUUUACAUGCCCCUGCUGCUUUGACUAUAUAUUGGAUAAGUUCUCAGUUUUAUUCUUUAUUACAGAAUGUCAUGAUGGAUUUGAUGUUGCCAAUCAGUUUUACACCCAAAAAGAGAUUCAAUUAUGCUAAAAUAAAAAACGACGAUGCAGUAAACGUUAUUAAUUGA